UUAACCAGAUCCAGCGUGGAGAGGAGCAGUGAGCGUCGUCGCUGACAUCAAAAGGCUUCUACGUUCGCUAUUGUCUCACAGAUUGGAUCUAGUCUACACCAUUGCCUAUCGUGUGGUGUAACAGAACAAUGAUCACAGCCAAAAUUGUCGUCACAGUCCUUAUGCUGUCAGUCACUGGCAGUCUUGACGCAGCUCCUCCAGGGCAACCCUUCUGUAAGGCCGCAAGACAGCCCAAUGGGUCUUUUGUCUUUCAUUUGUGGCCAACUAAACUGGUCUCUGACUACGAGUCUCAAAUCAUAAUUGAGAAAAAAGUUUCUGCCAUAUAUGAAGGAGGGAAAGUGCCAGCUUCCUGGCUGCCACCUGUCCUUAGUGUUACAAUGCAGCACUUCACAUUGAGCACCUGUCCAAAGUCUGUUAAAAUUGGCUUGGAUGGUGCAAACGAAUGGUCCCUCAAAGACCUGAUUUGCUCCUGUGACUCCUCUACCAGCACAGCCCAGACAUCAAGCUCCACAGCCAAGCCACCUUCCUCUGCAUCAAACUUAACCUGGACCAAUAAUGACACGUCCCCUUUUCCAGUGGGUGCUGUUAUCGCUUGCAGUCUCUUGGUGCUGCUCGGUUUUGUGAUCUUCAUAUGCUGGCUUAUGAAAUACAGAAGGACCGGAGUCCGACAGACGGCCACGAUCGUCCAUCAUGCGUCAUCUUUCAAAGAAGAAACUGUCUCCAUUCUUGACAUCACAGCAACUUCCAGUUUGAAAACAUCGGAUGGACAACUGAAGUGAAUUUAAAAAAAAAAAAAAGACCCAGAAUGACACAUUCUGCUUUUCUAAGAGCCAGCUGGAAGUUUACAGGGACACUCCAUCAAUACAGCUGUCAUCAACUUAAACACAUUUUCUGUUCUAUCCAGCUCAUCAGAAGAGCUCCAUACAUUUUCAAUGAACAAAUACAACCACACCGUUUUGUUUUCACCUUCAUGUCAAGAGGAAAUGACGUGGCCACCACUAUGUAGAUAGUACAUUACAUGGAUGGAGGAGUUGUUUCUAUAAGUUCUCUGACUCGUCAUUUCUUGAGCUGCAACUGUGAACACUGCUUUCAUUCAUAUUUAUUUGUUUUUCUUAUAAUGUAUUGAUAAGGCUGUAUUUAUAUUUUGUGUACAUGUUUGUAAAUAAUAAAUUAAUGUUUGUAAUGUA